AUGGUGGUGAUGGGACUGCUGCUGAUAAUGAUGACACAGAAUGAUGGUCACAGUGAUGCUGCUGAUAAUGAUGACACAGAUGGUCACAGUGAUGCUACUGAUAAUGAUGACACAGAUGGUCAUAGUGAUGUUGCUGAUAAUGAUGACACAGAUGGUCACAGUGAUGUUGCUGAUAAUGAUGACACAGAUGGUCACAGUGAUGUUGCUGAUAAUGAUGACACAGAUGGUCACAGUGAUGCUACUGAUAAUGAUGACACAGAUGGUCACAGUGAUGCUACUGAUAAUGAUGACACAGAUGGUCACAGUGAUGUUGCUGAUAAUGAUGACACAGAUGGUCACAGUGAUGCUGCUGAUAAUGAUGACACAGAUGGUCACAGUGAUGCUACUGAUAAUGAUGACACAGAUGGUCACAGUGAUGCUGCUGAUAAUGAUGACACAGAAUGA